CUUCAAUUUUUCAAUCAUUCUUGAGUUUUUUCAUUUUUUUUCUUCUGAAAAUAUUUAGAAAUAGAAAUCCCCAAUUUCUCCUAACUGUGUAUGUUUUGUCAAAAUUUGGAGAAUUUAUUAGAUUAUUCUCUUUGAUCGAUUUACUGCUGGAUUUUCAACAUUAUGAGGGAGUGAUAAGUUGAUAUUCUUUUAAAUUUUUAGUAUUAAGGUGAGAAAUGGGGUUUUAAUUUGUAGUAGGGUUGUAGGAAAAUUAAUCCGUGGAAGGAGAAAUUUUUUUUAUGGGUCUCUGGAUUUUGUAUAAAAAAGUUGCUUUUGGGGGAAAGUUUAGUUGGGCUGCUAUUAAUUUGUGAUUUACUUCUGGAUUUUCUCCAUUAUGAAGUGUGGAGCUGAAAUGAAAACUUUUGUUUUUGUAAAUUCUGUUUGUAAAUUAUUAGCUACUUGUGAAUUUUGCUUAACUUACCAUCACUACGCUGGCUGUUUAGGAUUUGUUGGUCAAACCGAGGUUUUAAACUAUGCUUGUCGCUGUAGUUAUGCUGUGCCUGUGACCCUUGAAUAUUGUGGGUAUAUGCAGAGGAAUGUGGUUGAUGCGGUUGCUAUGCAUUUGCAAAGGUCUCGAAAACCUUCAUAUUGCAGCUGCAAUGCAUUUGCAAAAGCCUCCAAAAUCUUCAUAUUAUGGAUGUGACGCGUUUGCUAAGGCCUCCAAAAGUUUCAUAUUGCGGCUGCCAUUAUGGUUGUGGACCGUCGUAGUGUCAAAUUAUGGCUGAAACAUAUUGCAUAUUAAGCAUCUAAAUGAGUCUUCCACAAGAUCCACCGAGGUCAUUUUUCCCCUUUGGAAAUCCUUUCCGGAUGAUAUCACCUAAAGGCACUAAAUUAUCUCCGCAACUGCUGACAGUGUUACGUGCUUUUGAAGAAACUCUGGAAGAGAGGCUGAAAAAGCUUAUUCCUAAAAGCAAGGAUGAAGUUGUCAGUUUGUCUUGGAUGAUUUCGGCUAUGCAGGCACUUUGUGAAAGUCACAAUGACAUUAAAACCCUCAUGACAGACCUUGAGCUUCCCGUGACUGAUUGGAAUGAGAAAUGGGUAGAUGUGUACUUGGACAUUAGUGUGAAGUUGCUGGAUGUAUGCAAUGCAUUUAGCUCCGAGUUAUCACGUCUAAACAAGGGUCAGCUUUUACUUCAGUGCACUUUGCACCAUUUAGGCUCCUCCUCGCCAGAUCAGCUUUUCCGGGCAUGCUCUUCACUUGAUAGUUGGAGGCAGCAUUUUAGUUCUAAGAAUCCUAGAAUCGAAAAAUGUGGCAGCAUUUUGGAUGAUCUGGUUGAGUCAUCUGAUAUGCCAAAGGUUAAAAAGUCAGCAAAAGGUACAGUUUUGAUGCAAGCUAUAUAUGGAGUAAAGGCGCUGACCGUUUUUGUGUGUAGUGUGUUUGCUACUGCUUUUUCAGGCUCUACAAAGAACUUGAUGGAUAUGAAUGUGGCCGAUCAUUAUUCCUGGGCUCCCGCUUUUAAAGUUCUGCAGAAUCUUAUUAAUGAAAAUAUUAGAGUUAAAUUUUCGAGUGGGAGAUUUACUGUAUUGAAUGAGCUGGAAGCCGUUGAUUUGUCUGUGAGGGAGUUAUACCCGAUUAUCCAAGGUGGUGUUGUACAUACAAUUGAGACGGAAUCACAUACAAAAACUGUUGAGAAAUUAGGCAGAGAAACGGAGAAUUUCUCUGAAGGAUUAGAUCUUCUUGCAAAAGAGGUAGAUGGCUUUUUUCAAGUGGUUUUGUCUGGUCGUGAUGCCUUGCUAGCUAAUCUGAGGUCAGUUAUACUUGGCCCUGACCACAUCUUGGGAGUGAAAAGUGAUGCACAAGUGGUCAAUUGAAUAUGUUACUGCAUAUAUCUGGUAUAUACUUAUGAAUCUAGGUAUUGGGUUCUAUCUUUUGUGAUUGAAAAUGUUAUUCAAUCUUGUUUUACUUAUAUUGAAGUUAUCUUUAGUAUUAAUAGGUUUUAUAGUUGUAUUAUGGAACUGCUGAAGUUUGUAGUUGUGAUAUUCUGUGUAUCAAAGUACAAUAAAGUAUGUAUAAAGAAAGUUAUUUAUGGUCAAA